AAAAUGUCAUGAAUUUUUUCAAAGCCAAAAAGAACAAGAUCAAGCGCGUCGUAAAGUGAUAAGUUUCGGUGUUUGUUUCACCGUAAAUUUUCACCCAAAAAGGCCCCUUUUCCUCGUUCUGUGUAACAAACAACCCAACAAACCAUUGCCAUUGCACCACUAUGGAUAGAAAUUAGGUCCAGUUUGCUUGUCGCGAGUGCGUUUGGUGGUGUUGUUUUGCACGCAGUCCGAAUGGAAAAGAUGCGGAGGGUUUGAGGCUGGUGGGAGAAGCAUUUCCCUCCCUCUUGCACUGCUCUGCUGUCUGCCACACACAGCAAAUACAAACAAAAGCUUCGGCGGUCUAGUGUGCGGUGCGAAAUUCGGAAUGCAAAUCCGGUGUCCGUGCGCCUUGCAUGGAACCAAUGUUAGCGACAUAUUUCCGCUUAAAGCUCCAGAAAGCUACUUUAUACUGUGUGGUGCUCGUGCGUGUGAUGAAAAAUGAAUCCCGAGUCGGCAUCGUUCGCGGUAAAUUUGGAGGGUCUCCAAAUAAAGGAUGAUUUGUUCAAAAGUGUAAAGUGCUUCAUCACGGGAACACUUGAUCCGAAGAUAAACAAACUGCUUGAAGAUGGCGGCGUGUCGCUGUCGAAGUUCAUGGACUUCAGCACACAUGUAGUGUGUGGAGAAAACUACGAUGAAAAUGAUAUAACGGAAGCCGGGGAGCUGUAUGACAUACCCUCGGUAACUGAGGCCUGGGUAGUGGCAUCCGCGCGACUAGGCCGGCUGGCCUCGACGAAGGCAUACUUUCCGCUAAAGUCGGGAAUAUUUUGUGGCCUUCGGUUUACCGUGACGGAGGUGGAUUUACGCGAUCUGCGUAAACUAUACGCCGUGCUAACAUUUCACGGAGGCACCUUCAGCACCCGACUGGAUCGGACCACUACGCACCUUGUGUGUGGUAGUGCUCGUGGUCCGGCCUACACUAAAGCUCUUGCCUGCGGCACGGGUGUACAGAUCGUGACGCCGGACUGGGUGGGAGAUUGUUUAAAAUCGAGCAGCCUAAAACCCGUGGCCAUUUACCAUCCGAGACUGCUGCGUGAGCAGGUGUACUUCAAGCAGGCUGCUAUGGGUGGCGCAAAAGCGACGCCAGAAAAGCAAACGCUCAAUAACAUUCUAGGGUUUGACUUUGAGGAAGGACUUGCAAAGACGGAAGUUCCUACGAAUGGGAAGAAAGAUGACCCCAAAACACGUGCACCAGGCGCAGAUGGCAGUGUCAAACAGGCUUCUCCCGCUACGAAACAGACGGCAAGUGGGACAAAUAUGAGCCAUCUUCAAUCGACACCGCCACGGUUCGUAAGGGCACAGGGUCAGCAACAGCAGCAACUGCAACAGCAACAACUACAGCAACAAUCGCCAAGGGUGAGGGGACCCGGACCACAAAGUGGGAACAUGCAACAACAGCACCAGCAACAGCAGCAGCAGCAGCAGCAACAACAACUGCAGAAAGUAUUGCAGCAGCAGCAGCAACAACAACAACAACAGCAGCAGCUGCAACAACUACAACAGCAACAACAACUGCAACAGCAGCAACAACAAUUACAACAACAACAACAGCAAUUACAGCAACAACAAAUGCAACAGCAACAGCAGCAGCAGCAGCAACAACAGGUUACAAUGAAUACGACUAAUACUAAUAUUCUACAACAAUCGCUACAACAACCGCAACAGAACCUCCAAACGUCUCAGACGAUGCAGCAAACAAAUAUGAACUUCCAGACGACAACGACCCCGGGAGGAACGAUAAUUCAGCAAAUAAUACAAACUCCCAUUCAGAACAAUUCGCAACAAGGCCAGCAGCAGCAAUCGCAGGUCGGAAAGCAAAACAUACAAGUAUUGUAUAAGAGUGGGCCAACCCAGCAGCAGCAGCAGCAACAGCAGCAGCAGCAGCAGCAGCAGCAGCUACAACAGCUACAGCAAACCCAAAUGCAGCAACCACAAUACAGUCAGGCCACAGUCACCACUACACAGACCGGUCCGGAUGGUCAGCAGAAGCAGAUCGUUCGACAAAUAACGAUCAAUCAAACCCAACUACAGCCCGGUCAGCAGCAGCAGCUGCAGCAGGGACAGCAAACGAUGCAGGUAUCUCAGUCGCAACCGCUUCAGCAGCAAAUAAUACAAGUCCAGCGUACAGGAAUGAAUACGCCCGGUCCACAGCAGCAGCAAAUACAAUUUCAGCAGAACAAUCUAGUGGCUACCUCGUCUCAGUCUGCUGGACCAGGACAGAUGACGAUGAUGGCAAGUAGCGGUGGACAGGCAGCAAGCGGCCAGCAAGGUGGACAGCCGAAGUUUAUCCAGCAAACCAUCAUUCAUCAGCCAAUGGGAGGGAACUAUCAAACCGUGACCAAACAGGUGGUUUUGGAGCAACAACCGCAAGAUCAGCAUCAAGGCCAACCUAUGCAGCAGCAACAGCAGCAGCAGCAACAGCAGCAAGUUCAAUUGCAGUCCAUGCAGCAACAGCCACAGCAACAGCAGCAUCAAUUGCAACAGAUGCAACAGCAGCAAAUGAAAGCGGGGCAGCCGCAGGUUGUCCAAAGAAUUGUACAGCAGCAAGUCUUUCAAGGGCCGCCUGGAGCCGGCCAGCCCAGUGGGCAAAAUAUCGUUAUCAUAAAUCAAUCGACUAAUCAGCAGCAAAUCAUAUCCGGCGCUGGUAUGCAGCAGAUGAAUCCUCAGCAACGUCUGCAGUACAUGCAGCAGAUACAGCAGCAACAACAAAAGCAGCAACAGCAGAUUAUCGUUAGCAGUGCUGGUCCGAUGACGUCUAACCCUCAGCAGCAGCAACAGAUGAUGCAGCAGCGAAGCAUCGUCACGUCGCAGGAUGGUGGAAACGGUGGCCAAACCGUGAUGCUGCAACAGAGACCACAGUUGCAGCAACACCAGCAAGGUGCCCCCAUGAUGCAAGGGCAGCAAUCGCAACAGCAGCAGCAGCCGCCGCCAAUGCAGCAGCAAAUCAUACAAACCACCUCCGGUGGACAGCCACAGACAAUAGUCGUUCAGCAGCAGCAGCAGCCACAAGGUGCCAUGGUACAGCAGCCACAGCAGCAACAGCUCAUUAUAAAUCAGCAGCAAAUCAUACAGCAGACGGUUGUGCCGAAUCAGCUGCAGCAGCAACAGCCACAGCAACAGCAAAUCAUACAGCAAACGAUUGGGCCAAACGGUACGCCACAGUUGGUUCAGCAACAGCCGCAGCAGCAGCAGCAGCAGCAGCUGCAAACAGGAGGUAUGCAGCAACCGAUCAUGCAGCAACAAAUCCUAGCAUCUAACAGUGGCCAGCAACAGCAGCAGCAACAGCCGCAGCCGCAACAGCAGAUGAUGGUUGUGGGAAGUGCGGGAGAUCAGCAGAUGCUUCCGGCCGGUUUGGGAGGGAACGACAUGAUGCAGCAACAGCAGCAACCGCAAACACCGACCCAACCACCAGGCACUCCCCAACCGCAGUGGACUCCGCAAAGCCCGUUGCAACAGCAGCAGCAGCAGACGCCCACCGGCCCAUCUUUCCAGACACAAUCACCGCAAGCACAAAUGCAACAAUCGCCGGUCCAACAGCAGCAACAACAGCAACCAGGAGCGGCAAUGAUUCCCGCCGGUGCAACAAUCGUGCAGCAGACGAUAGUGCAGUCGCCCCAAGGAUUAGCACCCGGUCAGCAACAGUUCAUACGCACCACCGUUCGUCCGCAAAUGCAACGGCAGCUUAUCCAGCUGGAUCCCCAGGCAAGGGAAGAGCUGAUGAAACUGGAUCCCGCCGGGCAGCAGGAGUACAUAAGCCGUCUGCAAGCGAAGCACAGUUUGAUGCAGCGUCAGCAGGCUGCAUUUCAGGGCCGGCCGGUACAUCCGGGUGGCCAUCCGGGUGCACGGCAGCAGAUCGUCAUCCGCAGCCCAAUGCCACCCGGGUUGAACCAGCAGCAACAAGUGCGUUGGUUGCAUCAUCAACAGCAGCAGCAAAUUCAGCAACAGCAGCAGCAGCAGCAGCUUCAAAACGCUCGCCAAGUUGUGGUGCGCCAACCUGGUGCACCGGGGCUGAGCCCGAUCACGCAGCAAACCGUUGGUCCCGGCGGGGGGCCGGGCAUUGGAGCGUCCUAUCCAAUCGAUCCGAAUGCGACACCCGCCCAGCAACAGCAGCAACGGCUGCAGCAGCACCGUCUGCUCCAGAUGCAGCUGCAGCGGGAACAGGUUCAGAAAAAUCAGCAACAGGCAGCAGCUGCCGCUGCAGCACAGCAAGCUGGCUCUUCACCGCUGCAGGGCCAGAUGAUGUCACCACGCACGCCGGGCGGAUUCGCACCGGAGGUGGUGGUUGGGGCGGAUGGAAAUGCGAUGGUGGUGCAACAGCAGACCCUCGUUGGACCGCAAGCAGCAGCAGCAGCAGCAGCCGGGCCGACACAGCCGGCGAUCGCUUCGCAAACAUCAAUCGAUGCUGCGGGAUCGCUGCAGGCCCAGCAGCAGAUGCAAAACAAGACGAAAACUGCGCUUGCCAACAUGUUGUCCAGCAGGUUGGGCAAUGGAGGAACGGCACCGGCCGGUGGUGCUACCCCGAUGGUCGAUGGUAGUGGUGGGCAGGGCGGAGGAACGGGUGGAGAGCCUUCCGCUGCCGGUACGUUACGGUUGAUGACGGCGCAGCACAAUGCCGCUCUACAGCAGCAGACGAUGGGACGCUCUCCACAGGAGUUGUUGGCACUGCAGCAGCAGCAGCAGCAACAACAGCAACAGCAACAGGUCCAUCAACAGCAACAACAGCAGCAGGUCCAACAACAGCAGGUCCAACAGCAACAAGUCCAGCAACAGCACGUUCAGCAACAGGUUCAUCAGCAGCAGGUCGUGCGUCGCACGCUCGGUAACAUUACCAACAGCGGGAUGCCGGUUGCUGGUGGUCCCAUGGUGGUGGGCCCGGCCGGUGGCCCUGUCGUCGUGCAGACGGCGGGCGGUGGCCCCGCCGGCAUCAUCCCGAUACCGCCCGGCGCCGGCGGUGGUCCGGGCGUGAUGAUGCAGAAAGGUGGCCCAGCCCAGUUCAGCCCAGGACGGCCCACUGCCCUUCCACGCCCACAGUACUACGGCCACAAUCCCAAUCUCAAGCUGCAUCCGGAACUGUUCCUGCUCGGGUGCACCUUCCACAUCAUCGAGUACGACGAGCUGCACAGCGCGGCCGAGAUCAGCGAGUGGAAGAUGAUCAUCAAGAAGCACGGUGGCGAGAUCGAGUCGUACUACGGACCGAAGGUGACGCACGUGCUGUGCCGCACGCAGCGCCACGGCGUAGUUAUGCAGGCCAUACGCGAUGCGAAACGCUGCAUCACCUCGUACUGGUUGAAUGACAUCGUGCUGAAGCGACAGUUGCUGCCACCGUGGCAGGCACUGCAUCUGCCCACGCCGGCCAUCUUCGGCAACCAGAAGCCGGCCACCAAGCACAACAUGUCCAUCACCGGGUUCGAGGGCGAGGAGCGGGUGCGCAUCAAGCAGAUGAUCGAAGAGUCCGGGGCGCGCAUGACGCCGUACUUCUCCAAAUCGAACACGGUGCUGAUCUGCAGGCAGAUCGAGAAUCAAAAGUACAAGUUCGCCAAAGAGUGGAACAUACCGGCGGUGAACACGGUGUGGCUGAGCGACAUACUGCUGGGGAAUCUGAACGCGAUGCAGCAGUGCGAGGCGCCCAAGUACCAACAGUUUACGCUCAGCUGCCAUUUUCGCGUCGACUACAACCUGGUGAUGCAUCUGAUGACUGCGUGGAAAUCGCCGAUCAAUCUAACGCAGGAAUCGCACGAACGUGUGAAACGAACGCUAAGCGAGCUGCCACCGCCCGUUACCGGCACGAAGAAACAGCGCACGCUGCCACCGAUGGAGUCCAUUCCCGUGGAGAUCGUUUGCCAGCGACAGCCAGCAGCCGAUGCCAUACCGCACGUGCUGUUUUCGCAGGUCGACAACAGCGACGGUCUAACGCGCGCCGUAACCAGCACACUUGGUGGAAAGGUGACCAACAGCCCGACGGAAGCAACCCAUCUGGUGAUGACACGGGUCGCCCGCACAGUGAAACUGAUUCUAGCCCUAGCGACGGCGCGUCAUCUGGUCAGCAGCAAAUGGGUAUCGGACAGUGCAGUCGCUGGCCAAUUUCUGCCCCUCGACAGCUAUCGCCUGGAUGUGGCCGAACUGAACGAGCAGUUCAAGUGUGAUCUGCAUCAGGUGCUGGAAGCGCCCGGCCGUACCAAGCUGUUCGAGGGCAAAGUGUUCUUCGUGACGCCGCAGGUAAAACCGGCCUGCAAGGACGUGCGCCAGAUGAUCGAGCUGGGUGGCGGUGUGGUGGAAAAGAACCCGCGCACGAUCAAACGGAUACGGGAGGCGAACGCGGAAAAUCCGGGCAGCUAUGUGAUAGUGAGCUGCCCCGAGGAUCGCGUCAUUAUUCAACCAUUCAUCCAGAAGACCAAAAACGCGGUGUGUCAAAUUUGCACCACCGAGUACGUGAUGCAAUCGAUCAUGCAGCAACGAUUGUGUAUAGAACCGCACAUUAUUAAGUGGGAACUUGGCUCGUAGAUGCCACUUCGAUGUGUUGAGGUGUUGGGAUUGCAUGGAAUAGCAAUAAAUCAGGGAAAAUUCAAUCAUUGUACAGCGAAAGGGUGCGUAGGGAGAACGCAAUUACCUGUGUAAAGUGAGCAAGGAAUCUAAAGCAACAGCAAUAUGACUAUCACGGAAGAGAGUGAUUUGGAGGCGCAACCAUUCAAAAUCUCACCAGCAAUGGAUUUCAUUGGGAGGAGGAUCAGCAGCAGCAGAUUGGGUGUACAUGUUGUAACUGCGAAUGUAAAUGUUUUCUAGUAAGUUUGGUAGGUUUUAACAUUUUGUCGAAGAUGAAUAAAAUACUAUAGAUUUGAUUGUGAA